CCCCCUGCCCUCUUUCUAUCUCUCGCACGCUGUAGCAGAGACAAGCAAUCAUCAGCCGCCUUGGUUAAUCCCUUCACACACACUCCAAGUGCUCAACUUUUGUUCCGACGCAACUUGAACCACUUCUCGUCUUUUGAACCACUAGUCACUUGCUGUCUCUCACUUCCCAUCACACACACAAACACCUCCACCACAUCACACAACAAUGUCCACCCAGCCUCUCCUCCAGCGUACCGCCAAGAAGCGCAUCGCGCUCCCCGUCCGUGUCGAGCCCAAGGUCUUCUUCGCCAAUGAGCGUACCUUCCUCUCGUGGCUCCACUUCGCCGUCGUCCUCGGCGGUCUCGCUGUCGGUCUCCUCAACUUCGGUGACAAGGUCGGCCGCAUCUCCGCUGCCAUGUACACCAUCAUCGCUUACGUCGACGACCAGCUCCUCGCUACCGGCAAGAUCUCCAAGGCCGCCAUCCUCGGCAAGGCCGGCGGCGUGUGGGCCACCUCGAGCGGCUACACUCUCUCGCAGGCCGAGCAGGACUUUGUCACCAAGACGGCGUUCACCAGCCCCGACUCGGUGCAGGGCACCGGCAUCACCCUCAACGGCUUCAAGUUCAUGACCCUCCGCGCUGGGCCUGACGAGGUGCUCGGCAGGAAAGGAGAGCGCGGUGUGGUCAUCAUCCCCACCACCCAGGCCAUCCUCGUUGGCGAGUACGACGGCACUCCCGCAGGCGACGCCAACGUCGUCGUUGCCAAGCUCGCCGACUACCUCAAGAGCGUCGGCUACUAGACGCGUGGCCAUCUGGGCGCAAGGAAUAUGAUGAAUGCUGUUUACAUG